AUGUUUGUUACCACAUCCCGGCUGUACAAGCGACACCUGUCGGAGUAUUUUUGCAAGCUGCCCAGCCGCACCGUCCUCCUGGAGUUGGGUGUUUACCAUGGACAUACUACAGCAGUGCUGGCAGCCAUGUUUCAGCAGGUCAUCUCCAUCGACAUUGAGAAGUCAUAUUUACGAGUGGCGGCUGCCCAUACCAAGCACCAUUCUAACAUAGUUUUCUUAACCGCAGAUCUUAUGGUCGGAAAUUGGCAGAUGUUCGCGAGCAGUGGAAUCAAGGUGGUUGUGGUUGAUGCCAACCAUCGAUAUGAGUAUGUGCGAGCCGAUGCGCACAAUGCAUUGUUCUAUUUGCCAGAGCUGGAAUACAUGGUGUUUGAUGACUUCGGCCAUGAAGUUGGUGUCCAGCGCACUGUGAAUGAGCUGCAGCGGGAUGGGAUCCUCACUGAUUGCCUGGGAAUUGGUCAGGGCUGGAAUGGGUCACGCUGGCAGUUCCGGAACUGGGAUGAGUCGACAGGUGAGAGCUUCAUGAGCUGGACGGAUAAGUCUGAAGGGAUCAUCUGCAGACGCGGGCACACCUUGACUGCCAGCUCAGCACAGCAAUUUCUGGAUCAGCGCUUCUAUAUUUACAGUCAGCCGCUGGGAAAGCUAUGUCCUGCUGGCAUUUUUCGUCUUCUACCAGACGGAAGGUUAGAGACAAGCAUUUGGGGGGCGGGCACAUGGAUGAAAGCUGUUGAGCCCGCAGGUCCGGAUUCAGAACGGAGGGAUGCACUCCUCUUGGAGCUCCCUGGAAUGGCGCCUGGCCCCAUUGAACUGCUGUUCAACUCUCCACGGUCGGCAUUCGUUCUGUCGCGCAUGGGUCUUACCAAAUCUGAUUGGUUCGGUAUACGAGAUCAUUUUGUUUUCGAGCCGUUCCAGCUUGCAACCCGACAAUUCGACGAUUGA